AUGUUUGAGCGUUUGCGUGAAGAGUAUGGGUCUUUGGUCAAGAUCAGUGCAGCGCAUAGACGCGUUCUCGCCGAGGAUCAGGCAACGUUAACACUUCUGGGAAGGGAGAGGGAUUACCUUCUCGACAUUCUGCACACGUAUCCGGACCUCAUCCCGGCCGUGAAGCAAGAGCUUCGUCGGUCAAGCUCCCCGCCCGUCUCGAACGUGUUGACCAUGAGAACAAACUAUUCAAAUGCAAGCAGUCCUCCUAUCUCUCCCAUCUUGUCAAGUUCACCACUGCCGACUCCGGCCAAUUCACUGGCGGUCAUUCCUGAACAACUGAAGCAAGUUCAUCCAUCUCGACCGCGUGCAAUUAUACCUACUCCUCAACAAAUGCAGACGCAAGCGAGGCGGCCAGUUGCUCCUAUGCCCUUAUCUGUGCCGCUACCAGUUCCGAUAACAUCGAACAAUGUAUAUGCGCCCUUAGCUGGUCGAAAACGCCGAUCUCCCCCUAGUCCACCCGAAGGUUCUUUUCCGCUAGAUAUGUAUCCCCCGAACAAACGAAUCUCAAUAGGCGGCGGUAUCAAGGCAGAGGAACCGGCCUCGCAUCUCCCGAUGACAUACCGCCCCUAUCUUACUGGCGGCACAAGCCAACCACAACCGUCACGGCCAUCGACUUACAGCCCCCCACCUCUUCCGCCUGGUCCGUUGCCGCGUCGUGCUCUCCCAACGGGACCUUCGACGCGACAGUAUACGGUCCCGAUGAACCACGCCCUUGAUGGAUCCGGCGCGCUCGGACUGCGAGGAGACUACCCGCACUCCAAUCCAAUGUAUGCACCACCUGGUGUAAAGGAGUACAGCAUGCCCUGGUACGAAGACCGAGCCCCAUUAUUCCCUACGCAUCCCAGUCAUCACUAUCCGCAAGCGUCGAUCCCGCCCACAUAUACUGGCCCAAACUCACCCAUCCAAGCUCGGCGAACCCAGCCUGGACCUUACGACACCUCUUUGCUGGCGGAUGACCCGCAUCGUGAGAUCUCCCCCGCCGAUGUGUACCCCGAUCCUCGCACUGGCUUGUGAUGAUCUGAUAAAACAUCUUCUUUUGUUAUGCCUAAAACUCACCGUGCGCUUUCAAUGCACGGUAUAGGAGUGACGUGUGCCGUUGGAUAAUGAAGGCUGGCGAACAGAUAUCACGCAAACCUAGUGCACACGUGGCGCUGGCACAAUGGAUGUCCAUUUAACCCAGGCAUCUGGAUGCUGAAAAACGCCCCCCGAUCAUCAAAAUACCGAUUUUCGAGAAGGGUCUCACUCUGUUACCCUCGUCCGGGCUCGGAACUUGCCCGAGCCUGUGUGAAUACUGACAUUGCGAGUGCUGAUGUCCAAACUUGGACAGAACGAAUGACCGGGGCACCGCAGACCAGAACCCGACGGAUGACGCCAACCUUGAGGUAUUCGCAUGUCGACAUCGAGUGUCUGACAGCCCUGAGUUAGGCAUUCGUCAUGUGCU